AUGGAAAUAUACGCAGGGCUCGGUGUGGGAAGAGGCAGGGCUCGGUGUGGGAAGAGGCAGGGCUCGGUGUGGAAGAGGCAGGGCUCGGUGUGGGAAGAGGCAGGGCUUGGUGUGGGAAGAGGCAGGGCUCGGUGUGGGAAGAGGCAGGGCUCGGUGUGGGAAGAGGCAGGGCUCGGUGUGGGAAGAGGCAGGGCUCGGUGUGGGAAGAGGCAGGGCUCGGUGUGGGAAGAGGCAGGGCUCGGUGUGGGAAGAGGCAGGGCUCGGUGUGGAAGAGGCAGGGCUCGGUGUGGGAAGAGGCAGGGCUCGGUGUGGGAAGAGGCAGGGCUCGGUGUGGGAAGAGGCAGGGCUCGGUGUGGAAGAGGCAGGGCUCGGUGUGGGAAGAGGCAGGGCUCGGUGUGGGAAGAGGCAGGGCUCGGUGUGGGAAGAGGCAAGGCUCGGUGUGGGAAGAGGCAGGGCUCGGUGUGGGAAGAGGCAUGCCGUG